AGAGAGAGAAGCAUCGAAUAAGCAGUCACUCCCUUCAGGAGUCACAUUGUUAUCCAUCACAUCUAUUUUUCCAGCUCCAAGUCGACGUGAGCAGUGCACAUAUUGACAGAUGAUCAUAUUUGAAAACAGCCUUGUGACACAAGCUGUCUGAUUUUUUGUUGUUGUUUUAGCUUGGAUAGAGGUGUGUUGACCUGGACCAACAAGCGUUGCCAUGGAAACUAUUUUGUUCUUCCUCUCCUCACUCUUGGUGUGUGUGGCUGCUUUAUCAGAGAUCGUUGUGCAGGAUGACAAGAAAACAGUUGAAGACCAAUUUGUUUAUGACUAUGAGAGCCUGCGGAUUGGGGGAUUAGUACUGGCCGUGGUGCUGUUCACACUGGGCAUUCUUCUCAUUCUUAGUCGACGAUGCCGCUGCAGUAUCAACCAGAAGCCCGGGGCCCCCAGAGACGAGGAGAAACCGGAGGAGAAUCUGAUCGUCCCCAAGGCUGCAGCUGCUGAAAAAGAGACACCAGCAGAGAACUGAGGCGACUCCCCCGGACUGAGCUGCCGUCCAAAAUGAUGAUGGGUGAUUAUUAUAAGUGCUUGUGUGGAGCUGUAAAAGGGGAGAUACAUGUUAAUAGGGGUAAUAUGUGUUAUUUAUAAAAAAGUUGAGCCUCUGACACAAACCAUUAGCCCAUUGUGCGCCGUUGUGACCGUGCCAGUCCCUCAGUGCUCUCGUCUGUUCCUGUGCCUUUGCUGUGACUCUCACUCUGGUUCUUUGUCUUAGCCAGUAGCACCUUCAACACCAGAUUGUCUUUGAAUCCUGAAAAGAAGUUCUAACGUUCUGUGGUCUGCUGUUCUUCGUUUUGUAUUUAUAUUUAUUGCCUUUAGGUCUUAGAAUAUGUCAUUGUAUUUUGUUAAUCGUCCUGGAUAAUGUUUAUCACAAUUGGAUUCUAACAUUUAUGAAUAUACUGUAAGCAUGAUACAGUAUAUAAAUACAGGUAGCUUAUAGAACAUCUUGUUAAACAUGCUUCAUUUAGGUAUGCCAUUAAAUGGUUUGUUUGUGUUCCCACGUGGGUAUAAUGUGUGCAUAUCCUGUACAUAUGAUUGUGUUUACAUCACAAGUGCAAGUGUAUCUCUACAUAUUAAUGUGAUCAGCCUUAUCAAAGACAAUCUCAACUGCCACAGUUCUCUGGCGGAGCACAGUAACGGUUUGCAGGUACCUGCGUGAGCUCCUCCGCUGCAGUGUUUGACCAUCCACAGCGGAGGGAGCUCUCGCCUCAGCUGUCUCACUGCCUUCCUCUCCACACCUCUACUUCAUCGCUCCGCCACCGGCUGCGUCAGGGUUACCUACUCGCCAGCAGACUAUGAUUAGUUCCCGUGCACACACUCGCUAGUGCAGCUGCAAUUAUACUAAGUCUGGGCAGCUUACUUUUUUUUUCUUUUUUGGUUUGUGUAUUAAAUGUUCUGCUCAGGCUCUCUGGUGCCAUUAUGCUUUGAGUGGCCAUAUAGUAUAUAGCCCAUUUCUGAGAAAGAGAGCAAAUGCUUCCGACAGACGUGAUAUGUGAAAUCGACAUUAUGUGUGUGCAAGAAUACAAUAAUAAUGCAAGCUAAAUCCUAGCAAGAGAAGAAAUGACCAAUCUUUGUUGUGAAGUCUGAGUGUUUUAAAGGUAGCUGCUGUACACUUAAAUGCUAUGGUCAUUUUACGCAUGAGGCCUUGUUGUGUAGCCACCUGUUGUGCUAUUUGCAGAAACAAAUAAAAGUGUCUAAGAAUUCAAAA